AUGCUUAUUAAUGAGUCUAUUAUACUUGGACAAGCAUUAACAGAAAAGAAGCAACAUACAGAAGCAUUGAAUAAAUUAAAGAUUGGUUAUCAAUUAGCUAUUCAACAAAAAGUAAAAUAUGUCAAUGAUAUUCUUCAAGCCCUGUUGUUGGCAAGAAAGAAGAAAUGGGAAGAUGACGAAGCUAUUCGAUUAGAAAAGGAAUCAGAGUUAUUGCGAUAUGUUAAAGGUUUGAUUGAAAAGGAAAGAAAAGAGUUGUUGGAAAAGGAAGGAACAGAUGAAGAAGCAGUUGAUACUAUAAAUUACAAUAUUGAUGAAAAGCUGAGAAAAGUAGAGAAUGUCUUUGUUCAAUCAAGAGAAAACGCGACUAGGAGAGACAUACCAGAUGCUUAUUUGGAUAAAAUAUCAUUCAAUAUCAUGCAUGACCCAGUCUUCACGCCAGAUGGAAUAACCUAUGAACGGCAAUCUUUACUGGAUCAUUUCAAGAGGAACGGUUACUUUGAUCCAAUUACAAGAAAAGCAUGUAAAGAAUCUGAUUUAGUACCUAAUUUAUCACUUAGGGAAGCCAUUGAAGAUUUCUUAAAAGACAAUGGUUGGGCAGCAGAUUAUUAA